AUGAUGGAGAUCUCAACUCCCCAUGUCCUGUCAAGAUUGCCUCGUCCUGCCAAGCCAGAUGCUACUACCCGCUUCGGCACAGUAUAUUCGGUACGCAGCGGGCUGAAGAAGCGAAGAAAAGAAAUUUGUGUGGCUGUGGAUGGUAACUCCCUUGGGCUGUAUGAAAUCCAAAAUGGAACCAUUCUUGCCUCCUAUCCUGUGCCUCCUUCCGCCCGUUUUCUCGGACCUCCUUGCUCAAUUCGCGAAAACUCCGGAGGGCAGACCCAACGAACGACAUACUGUGCCAUAAAGCGAGAGGCAUUACGGAUUGAAUCUUUCCAGACUUCAGGAGAUGAUACACUCCGUCCUGCCUCCUUUGCAAGCGCAGCAUUGGAUGAACAAGAGAGCCCCGUUAUACUACUUGAAGUGGUAUUGAAAAGAAGAGCAAAAGAACUUCUAGUCAUCCAGCAAAAUGGCAAUCUCGUAUCUUUCUCCGAAAACUUGAACGCUACGUUAUCUGAAGGAUCUCUCUGUUCUCAACGCUUCCCGAAUGUCAAAAUACUGGCCAUCCAACAUCUCACAACUUCGGAGGCACAGAAAACAGUUUUAAAGGAAAGAUCGGAUCUGGUCAGUGAGGCUACACCCGAGAGUUGCUACUUGGCGGUUACAUAUUGCAAAAGUGAGCACUAUGCAAACCCUAACGGCGUGUUCUAUGGUGUCUGGUCAGUAGGCGCAAUUGAUCGGAGCGCUGCGGCCGAGAGGCUACCGAUUUACCCAUUGUUUGAUCAUGAACUUACCCCAGGAGGAAACAAACCAAAGCCACCUUCGUCGAAAGACAGAUCUUACGCAUUUAACUUCAGGGCGUCGAAUCUGUUCCUCCGUGCUGGACCAACUUUGUACUCGUAUGACUUGACCGGUGUGGUACCUUACUUGUCUUCGACACUACACACUGGGCUGAAUGGCUCUUACGAAAUCAUGCCCAUUUCACCAGCGUUUGCCAUCUGCUCAUUUCAAGAGUCAUUCCAGCUCUAUGACCUCAAAUUCCAGAGUGUACAGGCUCGAAUCGAUGCCAACAAGGGCAAUCUGAAGCGGAAACGCAUGAGAAUGGCUGUGCAAGACCGGAGCGGCCCUGUUGAGUUUUUCGCUUAUUUCCCUCAGUCUGCGCGUGUCAUUGGGAGACGGCGUCAUCAACUGCUCGCAAUAGACAUCUCUGCAGAUGCUUCGAGGCAGUUACUUGAGACUGGAACCAAACUCCUUCAAAAUAUCGGACGUGGAAUCAAGAGCCAUGAUGUGGCGAUUGAAUCUCUCGACAAACAGCUGCCGCCGGCGACUGGCAUUGCAACCAUGGAUCCAGAAUCCAGCGCGGAUUGGCAGUCUGUGAGACAACGUCUCGACCAGUUAGCCGAGGCCGGGGAUGUUUCCGGCUUUGAAAACGCCUUUGUCAACGACAUCCGGCAGGCUACGAUGCAGUCUUCCCUUCCUCAAAAGACGCACGAUGAUUUGCCUCUGGAUCUUAUAACAGUCCCGAACUUCAAGACCAACUACCUUCUGUCAAAGAUCUUCCAAACAGCUCCGAGUCACAGUGUCCAAAGCAAUGACGCCACCGUCGCGGGCCAGCAAUUGGAGAUCCGGGUUCCAUCAUUUAAACUCAUUAUCUGGCUGUGUCGAGUGGGAUUACUCUCACCUCGAAGCUUGCAGAAAGCAAUCUCGAGUUCAUUGCCUGGGGCCGAGGUAACAAUUGGUGGUAUACACGCAGUUGCACGAGCUCUGCUCGGCGCCGACCCCUCGUAUGGGUUACUGGUUGAAUGUCUCGAAAACGGGUUCAGUCCAUAUGUGGAAGAAAAAGCAGCUGUGGUGCAGCUUCUCAUUCGGCAAGCUCUAGCUACGUCAUCUGAGGCAGCUGGGGCCGAAGCAGACCGACGAACAGAUCCAAUGGAUGUCGACGUUCCCUUGAAUUCCGCUGGCGCGCAAGUGCAGACAUUGUCGGCAUCAGCAACAAACACGCCGUGGCUGCCUCCCCAACUGCAGAGAGCGCUAAUUGAGGCGCUGGACAGAUUCGGCGCUGCUGCAACUUCGGUCAUCUCUGUUAACUUGAAAGCUUUGCUCUCUCAGACAGAAGCACUUGCUCUCAUUCAGUUCUUACGGCAGCAAUUAUUUCAAGGGGGCCACACACGGUCAUUCCAAAACCUACCCGCCAACUGUGAGUCCUCGCCGACUGUCAAGCUCGCUGCGAGCAUCAAAAUACUGUCAGGAUGCGUCGACGCCAUCGGACCUCUUGGCUUUUUUGGGGCGCUGGAUCACGAGGAUUUUAUGGGAAACAUUGUGCCUGAACUGGUGACGGAGAUCACGCAUACCAAGCAGAACCUUGAAGAUGUUGCAGAGUUGCAAGGGAUUCUCCGCGAGACUUUGAGAUAUCAAGAAUCUCUGCGGAAGCAACAGGCUGCGGGAGCGCGUCUUCCCAUUUAUGGAACUGGAUUAGCGGUCUCUAACCAGCGUCCUGGGGCCAUAGUGACGCUGUGCUCGGAGACGGUCGAAGGUGAAGACGACCUGCAGCUUGGCCCAGGUCUUCCUCUGAGCAUGAAAGUUGAGAAUGUGGUCAGUCCCGUCAAGAUCAGAAGGGGUGGGGGUCAGCUACAACAUCGGACUAUCCGACAGAAGAGAAUGCUGGAGAGGAGGAACAAAGGCCAGUACUCAUUUGAGCGACUGGUUUUGUGA